CUUUGAUUUACUAUGUAUUGAUGAAGGAGAAAUGGAUUUAUCGAAGGUGUAAGUGUCAUUGUGUUUGUAAAAGGUGGAGGAAAAAGUGUGUAUUCAACAUCAUCCUCUCUGCAACUAGCAGGAUGUCAGCAAACCGACUGGACUUGAUGUUUUUAGCUUAUAAAGAAGCUGAAAAUGUUGAAGUAUGCUAGUUGUGAUUAGAGACAAUUGAGACCAAAAAGGAAACGAGAAGAAAGCUGAAACAUUCUAAAAAUAUUGCUCAAUAUUUCAUAUAAAGGAUUUUCCUUGUUUAUUCGUUUGAUAUGCCAGUUUAUUUUCACAAUCUCAGCUUUUUUUGUUCAUCAAUGCAAACGUUUAAGGUAGUUAGUUGAACGUUUGCAUAGGAUAGGAAACAUUUCGUUUUGGCUACAGUUAUGAAAUCAAAGGAUUAAUAUUAAAUAUGAAAUGGUGUCUUUUCUUCAAAAUCUUCUCAAGUUUGAUCAUAUACCGCUAAAACCUCGAAUUCCAAAUACAAUCCGAGCAACGUUUCUACUGAAAGUUAUUUUACAUCAAUCAAGAAAACACCAAGUAAUAAACGACUAAAAAAGAAAAAUGCGAUUUUUCUUCCUUGAGACGUAAACCAUCCCCAUCGUCUCUUCCAACUCAUCGAUGCGCGGUCCGCGGAAGAUCGGUACCUCGGAUCCGGAAGCAACAUUGUUCUCCCUAUUUAUAUAUUCAGUGACCAUAGUCGAUUGAAAGCUAACUUUAGAGCGUUUCUUGACUUUGAGAAUAUUUUGCGUUUUUACGAGUAUACAAUGUCUUCUUGCUGUCCUACUAACCUUGGCCCUGCUGCUGCUAGCGGAUCAUACACUUUUCAAGGUAAAGAAAUUAAUUUUGGAGGAUUAAACACCUAUGCCGUCGGUUGCCCUUCCAACAAGAAGGUUCUUGUUGGUGUUUUGGACGUUUUUGGUCUUUCAGAGCAAAUUAAAAUUGGCGCCGACAAGCUAGCCCAGGCAGGCUAUACUGUUUAUUUGCCAGACUUCUUCGAAGGCUCUGCUUUGCCUGUAGAUGCCAUGUUUUCAAGAACUCCCGAAGACCAAAAGCUUUGCAGCGAGUUUUACUCAACCCGUAUUUCUCCUCCUCUUCAUUUCCCCAAGUUGGAAAAAGUAUUGAAUGCCGUCAAGAGUACUCAUGGUAACGAUGUUCAAAUCGGAGCCUAUGGCGUUUGCUGGGGUGCCAAGGUUUUAGUUACCUAUCCUAACACUUCUGAAUUCGUCGGUAUCGCUUGUCCUCAUGCUUCAUUCCCCGACCCUGCUGAUGCCAAGAACGUUCACGUCCCUGUUCUCUUUUUGUCUUCUAAGGAUGAGGAUGCCAGCAUCAUAAGUGCUUGGGAGGAAGAAUUCAAAAAGAAUCCUGCCUAUAAACAAUCUGCUUUCCACACUUAUUCUGAUAUGCAUCAUGGUUUCAUGGCUGCUCGUGCUGAUCUUUCUAACGACAACAACAGAAAGUGUUUUUAUGAGGGCUAUGAAAAAAUUAGUACCUUCUUCCAAUCGUUGAUGAAGUAAUGUUAUCCACGUAAAUACCGUUUCUUGAUACCUAGCUCUUCUUGUGACAUGUUUUAUGUAUCUUUUGGGCUCUUCAUUCAGAGCUUAUAGCAAGCAAGUUAGCGCAAUAAAAAUUAUGAUUAUGUCUA